GUGAAGAUGUGGUGAUCGGCGAUGUGUUGGAUGAGACGGACGUCUGUGGCGGUGAUGUCUGCGAUGUCGAUGGCCUUGACAUGAAUAGUCUAAUCGACGAGAACUUCAGUUAUGAAAUUUAUGUCAUCAAUGAAUUCCUAAGACAUUGUUUCCUAACAUUUGGUGCCAAACAAUCCAUAAAAGCUAUGCUCUCAACAGACCGCAACUCGAAGUCAGUCUCUUGUGAUUCUCUAUUCUAUGAGAGAUCAUCACUAAAGAGAAAACUAAUGUCGAGAACACCGUCGGGAACGGGAGGGAUGGGAACGUCGACCAUAUCCUUCAAGAAUGACGACUAUAAUUAUUUAAUUAAUUGUAAUGAACUCAUCAAAACUUGUAAGGAAGCGCUUCUGGAGAACGAGUCAACAGUAAUAAACACUUUUUCCGAUAUAACUACUGCUGAAGGCAUUAACGAUGUCUCACCGGAAGAUUAUAUUUCGGUCCAACAAACUCAAGAACUCCAGAAGAAUAGUUUGGCGGAGUUUAUCAAAUGGUUGAGUUAUACGGAACACCAAUUGGAGACCAUCUGCUAUUGUGCCAACACUAAGAUUAAGUCCGAUUGGAAGGACAUCUUAAGCCAUCACAAAAAG